GUAUUCGUAACAACAUCAAUUGUCAAUCAUUGAUGAACUCCCUAUGCCGUGUGCAUGAAGGAAUCAAAGGGAUGACGAUCAUAUGAUUAAUUUUUCAGCCCUUAGUUUGUCAUGGCAGAGCCAGUGAAGGCCAAAGAGAAGUCCUUGGAAGACCUUUUUCCGAUUCACUGGGCAGUGUGGCACAAUGACAUCGGUCAUUUGAGCAGAUUGCUCGAAACCAAUCAGGGUGACGUUGAAGCUGUGGAUCCCCAUGGUCGCUCCCCACUACACCUGGCUGUGACCCUAGGCCACCUGGAGAGUGUUCGUAUCCUCCUGAGACACCAUGGCCAAGUCAACGUUGAAAACAAGGGUGGCUGGAAUGUGUUGCAGGAAGCCAUCAGUACGGGCGACCCAGAGAUUGUUCAGAUAGUGCUGCAGCACCGCGACCAUCAGCGAGCAACGUCUAGGAUCUCAGGAAUUCCCCGCCUGCUGGAGAAUCUCCGACAGGCUCCCGAUUUCUACGUUGAGAUGAAAUGGGAGUUCACGAGUUGGGUUCCGUUGAUGUCCCGGAUUUGUCCGCACGACACCUAUCGAGUGUGGAAGAGCGGACCCAAUGUUCGGAUCGACACGACGCUCAUUGGGUUUGACAACAUGACCUGGCUAAGGGGUAGUCGAAGCUUCAUCUUCAAGAGUGAAGAUGACCACAAAUUCCAGUUCAUGGAGAUUGACCAUGACAAGCGCGUCGUGUAUGCAGAGCUGUUGGAACUUCAGCCCCAUCACGACCUGACGCGGAUGAGCCCCACUGAAGAAGCUAUAGCAACCAGGCUGACCUCACCCAUCACCAACACGUUCAUCGACACCGAGAAGAUUGAAUUCACAAGGAGUAAAGCAGGGAUCUGGGGCUGGCGACAUGACAAAGUGGAAGCAAUCAAUGGCUAUGAUUGUAAAGUGUUUGCUGCCUCCAAUGUUCAGCUCAUGACCAAGACGAGAUCCGAACAUCUCACGAGGGAAGACAAAGAGAAAAAUAAACAGAGCACCAGCGUGUUUGCAUCUCCGCUUCAGUCAUUACUAGGCGUUGCCGAGCAGCAUCAGGAGGAGAUAUCAGGUCAAGGGGCUGAAGAGUCCUCUCUGGCCAACCCCGUCAACCCGACAGACAUCCGGCCGGAGGAGUACUUCAACGCCGACUUUGACCUGUCCACACGCGACAUCGGGAGGCCCAAGGAGCUGUCCACCAAAGUCCAGAAGUUCCGGGCUACGCUUUGGUUGAGCGAGCACCAUCCCCUCUCACUGCAGGAACAGGUCUUGCCAAUUAUUGAUCUAAUGGCGAUCAGCAAUGCCCACUUUGCCAAAUUGAGGGACUUCAUCACACUGCAGCUGCCCACUGGAUUCCCGGUCAAGAUCGAAAUACCUCUGUUCCACAUACUGAAUGCCUGCAUCACCUUCGGCAACCUGUACGCCCAUCGUGAACCGGUGACAGGUGUCAGCAACGUUGUUGUCCAAGACCUUGCCAACCCUGAGGGCUCGAAGGACAUACCGGGUGGUGAGGACACCGAGGGGGACGAGGCCGAGGCCCCUAUGACGGUUUGCUCGGUGGACCCCUCCGUGUUUGACGUCCCCCAGGGGUACGGGCUGUACCAGAGUGGGGAGGUGCGAUAUGGCGAAGACGAGAUGCUCCAGCUGGCGAUCCAGCAGAGUCUAAUGGAAAGUGGCAGUGAGGAUCAGCAGAUGGCCAUUUUAGAUUCGGUGGGAAGGGAAGCAUCAAGACGGAGUGUUGAAGACCAACUCCUUGAGAGGGCAAUUCAAGAGAGUUUACUCUGCAGCCGGCCCGAUGGUGAUGCUCCUCCCGAAGUAAUCCCUUCUGGCCCGGACUCUGCCCACCUGACCUUUGAACCGGUCACCGUGACGGCCAACUCAGUCCACCCGAGGCCUCUCCCUACCCAGCCUGCAGAGGGCACCGACCAGCUGGAGUUGGCCCUGCAGCUGUCGCAGCAGGAGAUGAUGGAGGCAGAGCGGUUGCGCAAGCAGGAAGAAGAAGAGCUGGCGAUGAUCUUGCAGCUCUCGCUGACCGAUAAAUGACGCUCCGCAAAGUCAGUCUCCCAUGCCACGCCCAUCUCGGGAAUGGACCACACCCAAGUUAUCAUUAUCGGUUUAUUGCAGUAGAAAAAAAGACAAGCAACAACGGCUACGAUGGUCAUCUGGGUAUCUUCCAAACAAGAACUGACUGCUUUAAGUUGUCUAGCGAUGGAUGAAAAGUACCACCAGCCUCUUGGCCAAGGAAUGACACGCCUCUCCAGUAUUGAGUCAUACAGUGCGUCACCCAAAUGAAAUGGUAUUUGGUUUUUUGCAUGUUUGGAGAUAUUUGGACAAGCAACCGUAGAAGACUCAUUUUAUUUGUCAGUGUAGAUUUGGUUUCGAAGCUAAAAUCAACGGACUAUCCCUGGAGAAAAAUAAAGAUAAUGACAAAAAUGGCCACUUAAAUCUAGAAAUAGCUAAUCUGUUUUUUUAAUGGUUGUACACGGGAAACAGAAUCAGGAAUCAAUUGUAAAUACACAGAUGUCAUUGAAUUGCAAAAUUUACGUCACACAAUUGCAGAGUUUUUUAACCUAUUUCGGAGUUCUUAGUGCAAUAGUGCUUUAAUUCUUCAAGGCACUUUCGCACUUACACCAGUCAAUGUUUGAUGUAGACAGAUGUGUCAAUGUUUUACCCGAGAAGACUUUUCUACCAAGAAUGUCAUGAAAAUUUAGUCACUGUCCCACGUUGAGAAUUUUCAAUUUGUCCUUGUACGUUCGGUGUGUAUGAUAAAAUUAUAGCAUUUUCCAAUAUGUUUAGGCUAAAGACAUGACUUUUCACCGUCGGCGAGUUGAAGUUGUUGCUCUUAUGACAUUUAACUGUAUUACCAAAUUCUUUUUAUCCCAUGUUCUGUCCAAAAGUUGGCAUUUUUUUAUCAUUUCUACAUUGCGAUCUCUGUGAACAGUCGUCACAAAUAAUGUGGUAUGGGGUUGCUUGCGCUGUGUUUCCAGUGAGAAAUUUCUUCUGUAAAAGUCGAGCACCUCUGAUCGCCAAUGCAGAAAUUUGAUAAAACAGCCAAAUGAGCGUUAACAUAACCAUUUCUUUCACUCAUACUGCGUUUAAAGAGAUAGAUAGGAUGGAAAAAAGAAACAACUCUUCUUCAGUCUAUUUGUUUGCAGGGAAAUCUAUCAAAUUUCCAGAACCUUCAGUGGGUCUCAAACAGAAAACGAUGACUGCUUCAAAAAUGUACAGGCUUCGUUUAGUUUGAAGACAGUGUAAAAACCAGCGCUAUAUUUUUGUAUGCUGCUGUGGCAAUCGUGUUUUUGGGUUUACUUGAAAUAUAUUUAAGAAAAUAUUUUACCUUUCGUUUUUCACUUGAGGUCCUGUAUUGAUUCAGUAUUUUUUCCUAGCUCUAUGGAAUUUAUUACAUAGUUAAUGCUUUAAAUCUUCAUGUUGAAAGCUGACUUCUGCCAUAAAGGGGUUGCAUAUCUGGGAAAAACAUGGCUGAUCAGUGCACCCUUAUCAAAUUUACAGCAAUGCCAUCUAGCAGAGCUGUAGCAGAGAGUAGCAUCAGCUUGAGACUUUGGAACCAAAAUGGCUGUUCAUUAUGUGAAAUACAGCAUGUAGCUAGUGGGUGUUAAUUGUCUGUGCGCACUGAUGCAUGAGCCACCAUUUUGGUUCCAACAAUUCAGACACUCAUGUCGCAACACUCUCAAUAUAAUAAGCAGUUCUAUCAUCUAGCUCUGCACAGCGCCCUCAUGCAGUUUGCAUAAGAGCCAUUUGUAUGAGCACGUCAGGCUGUCCUCUGAUUGGCAGGAACGGCGGCCAGCCAAGGGUGAGAAACUUUAGCAUGCAUUUCUGGCAGAAGGUUUAACUGGAGUGUUUUUGAGAAAGUGCACUGGGUAUGAACCUGGCGCUGUGCAGUUUGGGCGAUUUAGAAUGCAGUGCUGCACCAAGAGGUUGUCACAAAGAGCAGGUGCAGAUCUGUGAUGGGGAUAGGGGGUUAAAACAACCCUCUAAAGGUUGGAAGACCUGUAAAGCGGAAACCAUUUAGAGGUCUUGUUUUGCAUGUGUGGUUGGGGACAAAACAGAGAUUUAAUGGCUUCACCAAUGGCGACAACUGCAUGAUAACCACCUGGGGAAGAGUUCCAUAUACGGACACCGGUUAAGUAUUCCCUAAAGUGACCUAUUAGCUGUCAGAAAGCAAAAGCAUGUCCAAAAAAGUUCAAUAUAGGAGGGAAAAAAUCAAGUCAUUUACUUAGAAAAACACUCAGAAUUUUUCCGACCAGUCUCAUAGGGUUUGUGCCCAAGGUGUCCAGCGGCGUCCGUCUAUGGAACUCUCUCCACCACUUGCCUUGCACGAACAAAAAUUUCCCGUAAUUACCCCUGCAGGAGUGCAGGGGCCAUUUGACAAAAACAUGGUAGAUCCACUGCAGGGUGCAAUUGAGUUAAUGUUACUCGACAACAAAAUUUUUUGGUUGAUUGGGAACCAUCGAACACCGACACCAGUGGAAACACCGACUCUCAAAAACACUCUGACUCGAACAAAACCCAGACAAACAAACAUUAGGAACAGUUCAAGUUCCCUGCACAUAGCGCAGACAGCGAUUAGGACUUUGACUGUUUUCCCACAAUGCACUGCAAAAAAGGCCUCACUGUGGUGACCCCUUGGUGGCGCACUGCAUUAUGAAUCGUCCAUAUUAUUGGUUAUUAUGCCAGGUUGAACAAGAACACAGAGAACAGAAAAGUAAGUGGUGCCAACUCAAAUGGUGUUCAUGAACAUGUUUGUUAGUCAAAAGUUACAAUAAUUUGACGUUUGCCAUGUUUUUAACAAAUACACCACAAACGUCCUUUGUGCACUUCUGGGCCCAAUUUCACAGCGCUGCUUACUGUAAUUCUGUGCUUACGGCAAAUGCAUUUCACGGGUUAGUGAGGAAUUUGGGCUUGUGCACAUGUGUACAUACCGUAAUUAAGCAUUGUGUGCUUAAAGGGUCAGCACAGAAUGGAGAUGGUAAGCGCAGAUUUCUGCCGUAAGCAGCGACAUGAAAUUGGGCCCUGGUAUAUGAUAUGGUUUCCCUUUUCAAUAUAAUCUGGGGUUCGUUCCUGGCAUGAAGCUAAAGCUGAAGCUGAAAUGGGAUUUUUUUUUUGUGGCUGCGGCUGUAUGCUGUGGCAUGCCAAUGGCAACAAACGUCAAGUCGUUGCCACAAUCUACCUUAUUCCACUGUGACUUUGUCGAACAAGGUUCUUGUUCAAAAAGACUGGUACCAGCAAGGCCGUUUGUAGUUCCAUCAGGAUCUGUACCAGGAACCCAACAAAGAUGGCAGCCACAGUAUCCACGGUACAUGUGUUGUUUGAAAACCGCUGUAAAUCUUUUCCAGUAGUAAAUGUCUUGCACUUAUCGAAUCAGAGUCAGAUGUAGGAACUUUAUUGCUUUAUAAUGCUGUGAAAGAAAAAUGUGACAAAUUACCUGUGAAAUAAAGUCGUGAAACUGGUAUGAGAAAACUGGUACGCAGGGGCAUAUUCUGCAUCUUGCCAGUGUACUUUAUACUUCUUUCACAGAAUAGAACUCAACGGUUAUUAAAUAUGAACGGCCGUACCAUA